AUGGAAACAGGUUGGGAUGAACUUCUAAGAGCAAUGGCCACUGAUCUGGAGACGAAGUUACGUGGACCAUCAUUUCGAUGUGAAGUACUGCCAGAAGGGAACCUUCUGUUGCAUUACUAUUCAAAGAGAAGUGGAUUAUAUCCUAUUGUUAAAGGUGUCGUUCGAGAAGUAUCUCGUAGAAUAUAUGAUGCUGAGGUGAUCAUGAAGGUUCAGGAGAGAAAGCAAGAACAUCUAGAUGCAUUUGUGACGGAACAUGUCGUUUUCGUUAUAAGUCAAGUUGAGUCUGGUUCAUCGAAUCCCCAAAAAUCCAUUACCAGUAAAACGGAGAUGAGGAUUGAACACCAUCAGACCAAGUUCACAAUUGCUCCAGAAGACUUCUCUCAAGCCUUCCCGUACCAUAUUUGUUUUGAUCGAGAUCUGUUUCUUGAACAUUUCGGAGCAUUCAUUCAAAAGAUGUACCCAAUGGCCAUUCAACAAGAGACUCGCGUAACCGAUAUUUUGGAACUCAUUCAUCCUGAAGUUCCAUUCUCUUACGAAUCCAUUUUGGCAUUUAAAAACAGCCUUUUCAUCUUCAAGCUAAAAAGUUUUGGAGAUAUAGUACACCAGACGAAGAAUGAUGUGAAACCUGUAUUGCUAAAAGGAUCAAUGAUUCUCAUAAACGAAGGAAAUUAUAUUCUUUAUCUAUCAUCUGUGAACGUAACGACUGUUCGAGAAUUGAUUGAACGUAAUCUUCAUAUCAGUGAUAUGCAACGUCAUGAUGGUACUCGUGAUCUCAUCAUGUUAAACCAAAGUCGAAUGAGUCAAGUAGAAUUGAAUCGGAAAUUGGAAGAAACCACAAAGAGUCUCAAACGUAUGGCAGCUGAACUGGAAGUUGAGAAGCAGAAAACGGAUGAACUGUUAUGUGAAUUGAUGCCAGCUUCUGUCGCCGACUCAUUGAGACAGGGAAAAGUCAUCGAUGCAAGUGAAUUCAGUGAUUGCACUUUGCUUUUCACGGAUAUUGUGACUUUCACUAACAUAUGUGCCCUCUGCACUCCUUACGAUGUGGUCACCUUACUGAACGACUUGUACUUGAGAUUUGAUCGAUUGAUUGGAUUGCACGAAGUUUAUAAGGUAGAGACGAUAGGUGAUGCCUAUAUGGUUGUUGGAGGAGUGCCAGAAAUAUGUGAUAAUCACGGUGAAAGAGUUCUGAAUGUAUCAAUCGGAAUGCUGAUGGAGUCAAAACUUGUUCUCUCUCCAAUCACAGAAAAACCCAUCAAAAUACGGAUAGGUCUUCAUUCAGGUGCAGUUGUGGCUGGAGUUGUCGGUAUGAAGAUGCCUCGGUAUUGUCUGUUUGGUGACUCUGUCAACUUAGCAAACAAAAUGGAAUCAUCUGGAGUUCCAUGUAAAAUCCAUGUAAGCGAAUCUGCUAAGAUCAACGGAUUGAAAUCAAAUUCGAGUUUUGUAUUUGCUGAUCGCGGAAAUACAGAAAUCAAAGGUAAAGGUGUGAUGUACACAUACUUCCUGGAACGUAAUGACAGGAAAUCAGUGUGGGAGUUGUGUGCUAGGCCAAGAGCCGGAGAUCAAACAAUAGACGGCUACAUGGAGCUGCAUGAUAUGUCUAUUUAUAAUGAGGAAGAAUCACCGGAGGCUAACAAUAAAAAGAAUGGAAUUGGUGAAGACAAGUCAACUCAUCAUGUUAGAUCACCUGUUUGUAGUAUUUUGUAA